AUGAGAACGAUGAAGAUUUCCGACAUAAUAAGUAAUAAUAGUACUAGAAAGGAGAUAACAACAGAAGAGGAGGAAGAGGAGGAAGAGGAAGAAGAAGCAAAAGAGACAGAAGAAGAGACCGAAGAGCAUGUCAAUCUAAAAAAGACAAUGAUAUCAUUGUGUAUCAUUUGGGAUACCAAUAUGGUCAACCCAAAGAAACUAUCAAGAUUAGUGAUGAUCGAUAGAAUUACAAAGAGACAGAUUGAUAUUACAAACCAUAGAGAUAAAUUGGAGAAUGCAGAACUUUCAAACUAUUCUCGAAUGGUUGGUACUCGACCACUAUCUGUAUUGUUGAUGACCAAGAUUAUUAGAUACGCAUGGGAGAUGGAUACAAUGACUGGUAGUUACAAGUAUAGAGUGUUCGAACCAUUUAAUGAAAAUGUACUUGUUGGUCGAUACAAAUGGGCAUUGUCACUUGGGUUGGUAUGCAAACAAUUCUUUAAUCUCGUCAAAUCAUCAUUGUUUAAACGUCUCUGCAUUUAUAAUAGUUCACUCACUAAGCAAUGGAGUCGUUAUGAAGACAACAAAGUUCGAGCACUUGCAAACGACGUAUCACAACACAUAGACAAUAUUGCUUGUGUCAUUAAACAACCUACCAACCUUACAAUACAGUGUAAAAUGUUGAUUGGUAUUGCAUUGAAGCCAUCGAUAGGUGCAGUCAUUCUUCUUCAAGGUAUUACAAAGUUACGAUUGGUCGAUAGGACAUCAAAUUUCUAUAAUCUUUUUGAUAGUGUUCUUCAGGUGAUGGUCAACCUCGAGUCACUAACACUUGAUAAUACCGGUGAUCUUUCAGAAAUAUAUCGACCAUCACUCAAACACUUAUCAAUUAAGGGUUGCCAUCCACUAUUCACUCAAAAGGUAAUCAACCUCAUCACCACACCCAUACCAUCACUUGGAUUAUCACUAUUUCCCCAAGACCGCCACCUCCAACUACCACCCAACGUCCAAUCACAAAUCAAAAAGCUUCGUAUUUACAUUAAGAAUAUUCCUCCAGACUUUUCCAACUAUACGUCACUGCGCAAGUUACAACUGACCAAAGAAAAUUACGGCUCAUUCAUAAAUCCACUUUCAUUCGCGAUGAUGGUCAACGUCACAUAUCUGUCGGGUGAAAUGACAGAUCCUCAAUGCAUCAAAGAAUGGUUUGAAAUCCUCCCAAAAUUCCCAUCACUCACGACUCUGGAGGAUUAUAAACAUGAUUUUUGUAAAGAUCAAUGUCAUUUAUUUUGUAAUAAUUUAUUAAAAUUAAAUAAUAAUAAUAAUAAUAAUAAUAAUAAUAAUAAUAAUAAUAAUAAUAAUAAUAAUAAUAAUAAUAAUAAUAAUAAUAAUAAUAAUAAUAAUAACAUAGAAUUUAAUAAUAAUGGACAACUACCAUCAGCCAAAAUGGUAAAUGGAAUCAAAACAAUAAUAUUACGUACAAAGUACACCAAAUUUGAACAACAUGACCUCACUCUAGCAGGUCUGUCAAACUACAAAGCUACUGGUCAACGAUUCAAAACAAAUUAUUCCUAUCGUGGUCCCGAGUUAUAUGUCAAAACUCUCUAUUCUUACAUUGCACACCUGACCACCAACGAAUAA